CACUGGUUUGCAGCAGCUUUCCUUAAGCUGAAGCCCACUGUACCUCCUUUUGUCUUAGUACUUCGAUUGAGUGUUUGCUCAAUCGUUUGGUCGACUGUCACCUGGGAAAAUCUAUGAUGGAUAGUUCAUUGGACUCCAAAAUCACCAUUGGCAUGCAUGUUGUGUGCUUCUGGAUGGCUUUCUUGCAGUGUCAUCAGCCAAGUAGACUGGAAGAUUUUGUAUGACAUCCUUUACAAGCCAUCAUCGGCAAGUGAUCAAGGAACAAUGUGCUCUAACAUGAAUGUGACCAACAAUGUCAAUGCAAAGACAAAUAAUGUGGAAGAUAACUUCAAUUACUGUAAAGACUUUGUUGACAAUGAAAUAAAUGCUUACAUAGUUGCAGCAACAAUGUCUUACUUUGGCAUGAAGUCAUUACAUGACGAAGUUGUUCCACAUUCUGUAAAAACAGCAUCUACGAAAGAUAAACAACUUUGCUUCUAUAAUCAUGUGAAAACCAUACUUGAGAAAUAUGCGAUGAAGAAACAAUCAGAAGAGUACAGCAAAAUUGUUGAUCAUGUAAACACUUUAAACCAGCCAAAACAAAGAACAGUGUUCCCAUGCAGUGAGUGUGGGAAGACAUAUGUUUAUAAGAAAGCAAGAGAUAGUCAUUUGAAACUCAAACAUGGAGUGGACGUUGCUGAGACAACAGCUGAAUCUCCUAAGCAAGUAGAAGUCAAAGAAGAUUAUGUAUACAAAUAUGCUUGUGUGCGUUUAAGUCUUGGAAUGAUCAUUUUUAAUUUUAAUGAUGCAGUAAAAGAAGGAGAUGGUGCAAGAAUAGUGAGAUGUUGGAAGUACAUGUUGCUGUUGUAUAAAGGUCAUAGCCACACCAAGUAUGCUUUGGCAGCAUUACAACUGAUUGCAAAUACUCAAUCUCUGYUAUCUCCAGAAAAGGCACACAGACUUAUUUGGAAUAGGACUGUGAACAACAAAGGURGAGCUGGUAACAAUAUUUCUAUGGAUCUGAGGAUGGAACGUAUUGUACAUCUCCAUAAAGAAAUGCUGAGUAAUCUUGGUGCAAACCUCAACCAAMCUCCUGCCUUACGCUGCAGCAGAGCAGUUAAACCUGUUGAGGAUUUGCUAUCUUCUAUAGAUGCAGAGUUAACUGUURGAAGACCAUCUGGGAAGCACACUGCGACACGCUCUCAAUCAGACUUUCACGCAAUUGUGAAUGAGUUGAUCGCUAAAGAGAAUCAGCAAAACCUCCWAAAACAAUGUUCCAGGCAUACAAGAUAUCAGUUUACUUUCAAUGGAUAAGUUUGUGGUUGAAUAACAUUGAUAUAUGAACUUUAACUUUGUGCAGCAAAGUAUCAAAGUAAAACUUAUAAAGCUAGGUUUUAGUUAAAUAUGUCAAAUGACAUUUGUGAUAAGUUCAAAAUACUGCAAAGUAUCUUUAAUUUUCUUAGUAAACAUUUGCAAAAUUCCUUUUUUCACUUAGGGCGUAMAAUAAUGGCUAGUAUGUUGCCUUGUUUCUUUCUGGCUCAACAUUACCGGUCAAGAUGACUGGCAAGGCAAAGAUCUGACCAGACAAGUUCCAUUGUUGACCAUUGUCUGAUAUCUAGCCAUUAUCUAAAGCCAUGUGCAAGCAGCUUUUUGAUAAUUGUGGGGAAAAUAUCAGAAAAGAUAUACCAACAUGAAACGAAAGGAAUGCAUAACCAAUAGUUAAUAAUAUUGACGUAUGGUCCCUCCACCUUUAGAGACCUUCGACAUUCGAUCUAACAACAUGAGUGAACAACAUGUUCAAACUAGUACAUUUUCAAAAUAUAAAAACAAAUGUGAAAAAUCCAAUAAACAUUCAAACAUGC